UCCAGUCUUUGGAGCGAGUUGCACACUCACACUCAGAAACACACUGCACAGAGCAAGGGAUCCUAAGGAACUGCUGAAGAACCCAGUCACAUAGGGGGGACAGACCAGACAAAGCCACCAAGAUGUGUGACAUGGGGGGAUUGGAUAACCUGGUGGCCAACACGGCCUACCUGAAAGCCCAGGGUGGUGACGACAAGGAGAUGAAAAAGCGUCGUCGGAGUUUGUCACUGCCCCCGGCUGAGCAGUGUGCCACCGUCCGGACUACCAUUGAUAAGAACUUUGAGUCGCUCUGUGAGAGGCAACCAAUCGGCAAGAAGUUCUUCCGGCAGUUCCUGACUGCUACCCCAGAGUACAUCAAUGCCGCUGAGUACCUGGACGAGCUGAAUGACUGGGAUCUGGCGGAAGGCGCUGACAAGGACAAGCAGAGGGCGAACAUGAUGAAAAAGUUUUGCAAGGCCGACUCCAAAAACUUUCUGACCUACCUCCCUGGGGAGGUAGCUGACAAGUGUAAGGCAGUGACGGACAAUGACUUUGACGAAGUGAUGAAUGUCAAGGUGAAGGAAGCCACACGGGAGUUUCUGAAAGACAAGCCCUUCACAGACUACCAAACUAGCCCCUUCUUUGACAAAUUCCUGCAGUGGAAGGAGUACGAGAAGCAGCCCAUCAGUGAUAAAACCUUUUACGAGUUCAGAACUCUGGGUAAGGGAGGUUUUGGAGAGGUAUGUGCCGUACAGGUGAAGAACACAGGCCAGAUGUACGCCUGCAAGAAGCUGUGCAAGAAGCGCCUGAAGAAGAAACAUGGUGAGAAGAUGGCCCUGCUGGAGAAGCAGAUCCUGGAAAAGGUCAACAGCCUGUUUCUUGUCAACCUGGCCUACGCCUAUGACACCAAGACCCACCUGUGCCUUGUCAUGACCCUGAUGAACGGCGGUGAUCUCAGGUAUCACAUUUAUUACGUCAGUGAGAAGACCAAGGGUAUUGAGAUGCCACGCAUCAUCUACUACACAGCGCAGAUCUGCACAGGCAUUCUUCAUCUGCAUGAAAUGGAUAUCAUAUAUCGUGACAUGAAGCCCGAGAACGUGCUGCUGGACAGCUUUGGCCAGUGCCGACUCUCUGAUCUGGGUCUGGCCGUGGAGCUACCUGCUGGAAAGACCAUCUCCCAGAAGGCUGGAACCGGAGCGUACAUGGCCCCUGAGAUCCUGAACGAAGUUCCCUACAGGACAUCGGUCGACUGGUGGGCGCUGGGAUGCAGUAUUUACGAGAUGGUGGCUGCCUACACACCAUUCAAGGGUCCCGAAUCCGGGAAGCAGAAGGUGGAGAAGGAGGAGGUGCAACGUCGCAUCUGCAAAGAGGAACCCCCAUGGGAGCACAAGAACUUUGACGCGCCCACAAAAGCCAUCAUCCAGGAGUUCCUCAAGAAGAAUAUCGAUGAACGCCUGGGCUGCAAGGGAGGAGGUGAGGACCCCCGUAAGCACGAGUGGUUCAAGUCCAUCAACUUUCCUCGUCUGGAGGCUGGUUUGAUCGACCCCCCUUGGGUGCCCAAGCCCAACGUGGUCUAUGCCAAGGACACUGGCGACAUUGCUGAGUUCUCCGAGAUCAAGGGCAUUGUGUUCGACGCCAACGACGAGAAGUUCUUCAAGGAGAUUGGCACGGGAGCCGUGGCCAUUCCGUGGCAACAGGAGAUGAUCGAUACGAAACUGUUUGACGAGCUGAACGACCCCAACAGGAAAGAGUGUGCUGGGGGUGAUGACGGGGAGGGGAAGUCUGGCACGUGCACAUUGCUGUGAGCAGUCAAACCUGGCACGUAUAUACACCAAAACAUGGCACCAAUACAUCAACUGAUUCGCUCAUGUUCUGUAAAAUUCUUGUAAAACAUUACACACAGAAAUAAUUGAACAAAAUGCAUCGGAGAACAGCAGGAGAGAGAGAUGAGGUAUCCUUCACUGGACCGGGUCGAUUGCCAAGCGAUUUUAGUAAUAUGUGUUGAAAGUUCCCGGAGCUUCCGAACACAUAGGAGAGUAAAGGUGGCUUUACCAUGAUUGGUAUUGGUAGUCUCUUCAGAUUGCAGCUACUCCCAGAUGUUUCUCAUGAUGUAUUAGUGCCCUUCUGGCCAACAGGGGUCGUAAGAUUAAAAUAUAACAAAUUCAUAUGGUGGAUAAAACAUUUUUUAAAUGAUUAAUGGAUGAAUACAGGCCUCUGUUUACAUACAGCCUGCAUCAGAAAGAUUUGUGUAUGUAGACUGCAGUGCUAGCCCUAGGCCUGAAACCUAGGCAUUGGCCACAAUGGAGCACGGUAUGCUGAAUUUACUAGUUUGGGAAUAUGGUUGGGAUCUCAUUCUUGAUUGUGUUCCAUUAAUUGAAUUUGAUAGAGGCCACGUUUUUUUUCAACACCCCCCGUCCCCCGUCCCCCACACCGAGAUGAAUUUUGUCUCUCUAAAGGCAGAGGUGAUAACUUUAUUUUUGUCAAAUAUUUCAAGAGAUGAAUGUCUGUAUGGACACAUCACCUUUUUAGAAAUUCCACCUGGAAGCGAUCAAAAGCUAAUAAAUAAUAUUUCUACCAUCAGAAGUUAUUUCAAAACAAAAUGUGGCAGAGAUUUACUUACCUAUAAUGACUUACCUUUAGUCGAUCACUAAAUUUCCAAGCAGAUGGACUUUCCAAUCUAGCAUCUAGUUUUAUUUUAAAACGGUGUUGUAUAUGAAUAUAAAUAUGUCUAUCUAUGCAUUGACAGGGGAGAAAUCCACAGAUUAGGUGCUAGUCAGGACUGGAUGAAUGCUCAACUCUCGUUGGGCUGUGAAGGUUCCAUGCCCUGGUUUCUCAGGAGAGAGGAAUGUAGAGAAAAUCCAGUCGGAUUCUAUAUUCGAAGAUUGAACAUUGAGAGGAGUUGGGCUAGGCCAACAAUGUGUUCCUGUACCAGGAAUAUCUAUUUGUCCCCCCCCAUGCUUCCAUUCAUGUGAUUUGUCUGAAGUUCGAGAUACGUGUACAAAUCUCAAGUUAGAAUCUAGUUAGCUAGCUAGCUUUCAAAACGUUUAACAAAAAAAUUCACUGUUCCCUUGUUUGUUGUCUCAGGGCUAAGACUUAUUUCAUAUAAUAAUAAUAAAAUAUUAUUAUUAUUAUAUAACUUUAAAUUGACUAACUUUAUUAUAUUAUGCUAUUAAUAUAAAUAUCAUAAACAUACUUGUAAAUAUAAUUUGAGAGGAAAACAUUACA